CCAGCUUCCGGAAUCUCCUUUUGUCACCGGGUCUGCACGUCGCGGAGACAGCGGUGGCGAUGAGGCAGAAGCACUACCUUGAGGCUGCGGCGCGGAAACUGCAAGAGAGCUGCCCGGGCCAGGCCCGCUAUCUCCUCUGGGCCUACAGUUCGUCACACGACGCUAAAAGCACUUUUGAAGGAACAUGUCCAUACUGUUUCCAGUUGCUGGUUCUGGACAAUUCUCGAGUGCGCCUCAAACCCAAGCCCAAAGUGACACCCAGAAUACAGAAACUUCUUAAUCGAGAAGCAAGAAAUUAUGCACUCAGUUUUAAAGAAACAAAAAUUGUGGAGAAGUACAAAGACUCCAAAAGUGUAUUGCUGAUUACUUGUAAAACAUGCAACAAAACAGUUAAACAUCAUGGUAAAAGUAGAAGCUUCCUAUCAGCAUUGAAGAGCAAUCCUGCCACUCCUACGAGUAAACUCAGCCAGAAGACACCAGAAAGAAAGACUCUGAGUCCUGCAAACCUAAAUCAUAGUAUGUCUGGUUCCAAAGGCAAGAGCCCAGCAUUGAUUUUCAGAACACCUACAUCUGGACAAUCAACACCUACUUGCUCUUCAAAAAAUGUGAACAAAAGAAAGAAACACUUCUCUCAACUAAAAAUGUUACUUAGUCAGAGUGAAUCCAAAAAGAAUUCAAAGGUGGACUUCCGAAAUUUCUUAUCAUCUUUGUAAAGGAUGGAUGAUGAAAAUAAGAAAUGUUUAAUGGCCCUGGCCGGUUUGGCUCAGC